AAUUAGAAAAUGGAGACCUCACAAAGGCCCCUGCUUCUUACUUUAGGGGUAUGCAUUUUCUCACUGCAGUGGAUACUGACCCAUCAGCAAGUCAAUGUGGCCCUAAGAGGAAUAGCAACACAAUCCUCUUUAUACAUUAACAAUUACUAUCCUCCCUUUGCCAUUGAUGGCAACAGAAACUCUGGCAUGGGUUCCGGCUCAUGCACACACACAAGCACUCAGACCGACCCAUGGUGGAGGGUGGAUUUGUUGGCGGUGUAUGAUAUUAUAAUGGUAACCGUCACUAACAGAGGUGAUUGCUGUCCAGAACGAAUAAAUGGUGCUGAGAUUCACAUUGGGAACUCCUCAAUCAACAACGGCAACAAUAUCCCCAGGUGUGCUGUUAUCUCUAGCAUACCUGCUGGUGCCUCUGUAAACUACACCUGCGAUAUGUAUGGUCGUUACGUGAACAUCAUCAUUCCCGGUCCUAACCACAUUCUCAGCCUUUGUGAAGUGGAAGUUUAUGCCUGGCUUACUAAGAGGGCAUUUCUGAAAUUAAAGUUCAACAGCAGUGAGGAUCUCAGCAACCCUACCAUAUGGGAGGAGGUUCAUCAAAAGGUUUGUAUAAAAUCUGUCCAGCCCUCAGUAUUUCAUAUUCGAUGGACAGUGGGACCAGAAAUUAAAACUGAAAAUUAG